CACGACGGUUCGGAUGGAUCAGUGCGCCGGAGGACAGCGCUGCGGUAUCGCACGACGUCACGACGGUCGUCUAUGAGCGGGGCACGUAACAUCGCGCCAUGACGGCCAGGCACCUUCAGUUACUGAUCGUCGUGCUGAUUCUAUCAACAGCUGCAUCAGGGCCUGGGAACCUGACAUGCUACCAAUGCACUAAAUACAAGAACGAAGAAUGUGGCAGUGAGAGUCUUCUGCCAUGCCCUCCAAGCAAAGACCGCUGUGUUACCCAUAUCUCAAACGAUGCCCAAAAUGGUUUUAGUCUGAAGAGAGAAUGUGGCCUGGGACCAUGUGGGUUUGAAGAUACAAAUGUAAUGCGUGGCUUGGGGAUGGACACAUGUGACAGAAGCAAAGACGAAUACUUCUGCAUCUUCUGCUGUACACAGAAUGGCUGUAAUAAGGCAGCAGGAGGCAUCAACUGGCCUUCUGCCAGCUUGUUGGCAGCAAUGGCUGUGCUUGUCACGUGUGUGUGUGUGUCAACAUAUGGGAUGUGAAAAUGCAAAUUAACAAAUGGAGGAGGCUCGUGUCAAUUUUAAGUUUGUUGUAAAUACCCCAUUCAUUCUCAUAGUGACAAUUUCUCUGCAUGUCUUUCUACAAGACGGGCAAAUCUGAGGGUAUAUUUACAUAGGGGUGCCCAUAUCAUUAGAUAAAAAGUCACCGUGAGUGAACUUUGAAAUUCGGUCAAUUCCAUUAAUGUGGCUUCAGUAACAAUACUAGUUAUAUACACCAAGUAAUGCGGCAUAAUCCAAAUACAGCGUGGAAAACAGACGUGAGACCCUGGUAAAUACGUGAACUUUCUGGUGGAAAUUUAAUUUCUAUCCCUGCUUUUGAAAACAAUUUGUUUCUGUUGCUAACCCAUACUUGUCUCCUGCACUGUUGUCAAAAUUAACAUAACAAAGUGGAAGACGAUGUAUUAACAUAGUUUUUCAUACAGGUAAGAAACAGUGCACAGUAAAACAAUCAUAAGAACCAAUGACAUUGCAAUCUGGCAACUAAAUUUACCUUAGCAGUGCAAAAGAUUAAUGCUAAAAACAACAUUAGAUUUUCUACUAUAUAGCAGAUCAAAUUCAGAUGUUGCUUAGGUACCCCUGAUUUACACUGUAAGAAACAUAUAAGUGAGAGUAACAUAAGCAUAAACAUAAAUAUUACAUCAAUAUACUUUUAUAACCUAUGAAGAGAAACAUACUUCAAUUAUGUAGAUAUAUAGUGUCAAGGGAAAUUAUUAAAUUAUUGAAUUUUCAUCCCAUUAGAUAAAAUGAAAAUAAAUACAGUCCUUCCUGAUUUCUUGCAUAGCCAAACACUCAGACUCUGGAUAUAACAGUUUGUGAUACAAAGUCGUGAAAUGAUAGCAGUAUUACUUGGUAACAGCAAGUUUUUAAAUUGUUUAACAUGGAUCAAAAACAUAUGCACUGCAAUUACCUGUAAUUUAAAAAGAAUUCCAAAAUUACAUUUUCCAUAUUGACAUCUUGAUCUGUUAGUGAAGCCUUUUCUAUCUGUUAGAAUUCAGUAGUUUUCAAUUUUGUUUAAAAAUUCUUUAGUGUGAGUACAGAAAUUCUGAAUUUCCAGUGAUCUGAGAAUAUCUUAUAACAUAUUUUAUAAUCACAAAGUUUUGAGUCCAAAAUUUCUCAUGCAAGAUCUAACAUGUGGAAUUGCAAUAUUCAUGCUUAUAAUUGCUUCAGCAUUAAUUUGCUUACAGACUACUUCGACAUCAGCAAUAAUUACCCCAAAUCAUUCUAUAAUUAUACUGUCACUAUAUUGAGAAAAAUGUGUAAAUAAAGUUUACUGAAAAACAGGUAACCAUUAGAUGGAGUCCCAGAUGUGAGAAGUUUAGAGAUCAUUCAUUAUGUACAUAUGUAUAGUUAGAGGUCCUCCAAAAGAGCAGGAAAUGCAGUCAUGUCAGUGUGAUAGGCCAAUGAAAGUUCUCAUUUCUCUCUACAUUACUAUUGGUGUGUGCUACAGUACUUUGAAGGGAUUUGUCUGAGAGUGAUGUCAGUGAUUCUCAACAACCAUCAGCCCCAGAAUUAAAUCAUCAUCAUCUUCACUUCAGGGACUAGAAGUAUUUCCUGUUCUGACUUCAGUCUCUCAUCACUUAGAUGUUUAACCCAAAUCCUUUUGGUCUAUACAUAAAUCAAAUUAAAUAUUAACUAAAUUUCGUAGUUCACAUGCUUUAAGUUAUGAAAAAACAGUUGGUGUGUUUGUGUGUGUUUACCGUUGAUGUUAUACAUAUCUUUCAGAAACAACUUACUAUAACACAUAAUUCUACUUUUAUGCUUGGCUGUACUGAGAAUUAUUAUUAAAAAUAAGUGUCUAGAAACUGAAAUCAGUAUUUUAUAUGCCUUUCAUUAUUAAAAAAGGAAAAUGUCUUCCUUAAAUAUUAAAAAAUAAAUAUAUAUUUUAUCUGAUUUCCUGCACUGUAGCAAAGAAUUUUAAUACUUGCAAGAGAUAGUUAUAUAAAAAAUAUCUGGCUGAAUGUAUCUACUCAAGUGUUUAUCUAAGAAAUAUAACUCAUUUAACAAAAUUUUGCCCCAAACAAUUUUGUCAACAUUUGCAUAAGCAGAUUCUAUGUUCAGUCAAUUGGAAAUGUCACCAUUUAAAAUGAAAUGUGUGGUUUGUGCAGUAACACUAAUGUGCAUCAUAAUUGAGACUGUUUCUUCAAAAUAUCAUAAAACAAACACUGUAGAGCUUAGGAUUAAGCAUAAAGCCAGCUUACAACGAAUUAAUUUUGUAAGAUAAAUAAUUAGAUUCAAGUUGAUCCAAAUUUAGCAAACACAUCACGGAAAUUUAUAUUUUCCAUGCACAUCUAUUAAAUCAACUAUAAAUGUUAUUUUUUAAAUGUAUUUUAUAUAACAAAAUCUUUAUAGUAGAAUCCAAUUCAACUGGCAAUAAUUAAAAUGCAUAUUCAUUUGUUUGGAACUAAAGACUUCUUCCACAUGAUAUAAGAUGCUAUACACAUGUCAAAUAGCUCUGAGUUUACAGAAACCAAAACUGAGCAUAUUUUACUACUAAUAAUGCACAAAUUAGUAAUUUACCUUUACCAUCCUUGUAUCAUGGUUUAUGUGUAGUCCAGCUGGUCAUGUCACACUAGCAUACUGCCAAACCAAUAACCUCAAAGUUAAAUUAUGACCUGCAGCUCCAUACUGUGAGUGAAAUCCCUAAUUACUGCAUGAUAAAGAGGUUAAGUAAUAACUCAGGUGGUUUCUGCCACUGAACUCCAUUGACUACAAUAAAAAUAGACUGUCCUUGCUGGUUAAAUUUGCUUCUAUUAUAGAAAAUAUAGUUAUAAUGCUCUGAGAGCUUAACAUUUCCAUAAACUUCUGUAUGAUAAAUAUUAUGUUUAAGAUAUUAAGCCAUAACACAGAAUAAUAAGAUUUUCCAAUGUAAAAAUGCAUUUUCUAAUUCUAAUUGUGAUUUAUGUUCGUUACUUACUGUUGUCAAUAAUGAUACUUUUCUACAACUAUAGAAACUCUUCAUGAUUAUCAAGUGACUAAAAUUCUGUAUGUCCACAAUAUUCAAAACUUAUGUUGUGGUAUGUGUGCAAUAAAGCUAUUUGUCGCUUUGUUAGCAUAAAAUGUAGUUCUUAUUAACCAUUCUCAACAAGUUACAAUUUAACAAUGAAGUGAGACUUUACCAUUUUAAAAAAACUUGUGGCCAUUUUCACCUAAUAUUUCAGGUACACCAUAUGCUUUUUAAGUACUAAGUUUAAAGGAUAAAGACGGUAUAUUUUUUGUUUCCUUUCCUGUAAAGCAAUAAGGCACAGAAUUAAGACAUUUGGUGACUGUUUCAAAUGGCCAUGUGAAUGAAACUACUACCUUUCUCAAUUUAUUCCUCUGGAAAAAAUGAGAAGUGUGAACAAGGAAGAAGAGGUGGUCAUCUGUAAUGAAAAAAUAAACAAAACAAUAAGAUUUUCAGUUUUCGUGGCAGUGAAAAUGUGGACUGUCUUCUUCUUAUUACAAGGAAUUUACAAUCUCCAUCUCCAGGGUACACCACCACACAGUGUCAUAACUCAGAAGAUCACCAUCUUCUAUAAUAAUUUUCAAAUAAAGUACAGUAACUAAGGCUUUUUGGAUUAAUUUUUUCUCUCCAAAUUUUAGAUCUUUAUGUAAAGGAAUUUUGACAGGCAAAACAAAACAAUAAUUUCAUUGAGGCAUGUUUCAUCUACUGAAUUAUACAAAAUAAAACUUUUUCUGUUUUCAGAUGCUUA